AAGGGGUUCUAUUGGUGGAAGAGGUUAUUUAUUAUUUUUAGCAGGUUCUAGUGGUCUUAAAGGUGUCCUUAGUGGCGUUUAGGGUCUAGUGAUGUGUGAAGAGGUUCCAGUGUUCUUAAUGGAGUCCUAAUGGUACUAUUUUUAGUGUGUUUCAUGAGGUCCACAUUAAGGCGGUUCUAGUCAUUUAGGAGGAGGUGUGAGUUGUCUUUUUCAUAGAGGUUCUAGGUGUCUUUUAUAUUCUAGUAAAAUAUGAGGAGGUUCUAGUAAUUUAUGGGAUUUUCUAGUGGGGAAGGUUUUUUUAAUUUAUGGGAUGUCUUUGUGGUUCUAGUGGGGGAGGUUCUAGUUAUUUAUGGCAUGUCCUUGUGGUUCUAUGGGGGAGGUUCUUGUCAUUUAUCGGAUGUCCUUGUGGUUCUAGUGGGGGAGGUUCUAGUUAUUUAUGGCAUGUCCUUGUGGUUCUAGUGGGGGAGGUUCUUGUCAUCUUUGCCUGUGGUUAUGUUGGUUUUACUCAGUUGUUUUUUGAAAAGGUUCUAGUUAAGAUGUUGGAGGUUUGUUGGAGACUUGAUGUUUAGGGGUUUGUUGUGAGUUCUUUGUUUACGUGGGAGCUGCUGUCAACAAUCAAAUGAUUGACGUCAAUUAAACUGGUUUCAAUGACUUCAUAGAACCUGUUCCACCUCAAUGAGCUCAUCAGCUGCUUCACGACUGAGUCACCGCAUCACAUGACGAGGUGUUUAAAGACUCCACCAAUCCUCCUCCAGCUCAGGAACGCCGACUCCCUAGAACCCUGAUCCUUCAUCACUUCCACAUAUGAGGAAGCUCUUACUGUUGGAGCUAUUGAUUUGAUAUUAGUAUUUAGUUAUUUUAUUGACAAGCAGGAUUGUUUAAUCAUUCAGGUUUUUUGAUUUAUUGGACAAAUGGCCACUACACUUACUUUGGAGACAUUUUGGAGCACUUUGAAUCUUCACAUCUGACUAUUGUAGAAACUAGAACCGCCUGAAAGAACAUCAGAACCUCUUUAUCCAAGACAACCUCCUCAUAGACGAUAAAGACUACUAUAAUCUCCUCAAAGACCAACCGAAACUCCUCAUAGUUGAAUAGAACAUACAUGAAGACCAUUAAAACCUCAAUGAUGAAUAGAACAUGCAUCAAGACCAUUAGAACCCCUCAAUAUGACUAAAACCUCCUCAAAGACCACCACAAGUUCCUCCAUAGUUGAAUACAACAUACUUAAAGACCAUUAGACCCUCCUGAAUGAGGACUAGAACCUCCUCAAAGACCAACAGAAACUCCUCAUAGUUGAAUAGAACAUGCAUGAAGACCAUUAGAACCUCUGGAAUGAUGACUAGAACCUCCUCAAAGACCAACAGAAGUUCCUCAUAGUAGCAUAGAACAUACAUGAAGACCAUGAGAACCGGUUUGUGCUGUCGGAGCCCCAGACCGUAUCAGUGGAGUCAGACAGCACAGACCAGUCUGCCGACAGCAGCACAUUCCUGACACAUGACACAACAACAUCCUCGGCCAACAAAGCUGUUCUUCAGUGCAUCUGUUGACCUCCAGGAAGCCGGACUUCACAAUAACCAGACAAAAGAAUAGUUGUAUUAGCGGCGUAGCUCCGAUUCUGCAGUCGGGCUCUGAUUCCGGGUCUGAAGGGUGCGGUGGGAAAAGGUUUUUGGUAAACCGGCGUUCUCUCCAUCGCUGCUGGUAUCUGAUGAGAGAGCGAGAUGCGUCUUCGGACCGUUCCAAUACACCAGAUCUGAAAGGAAAGAGUUGCUUCUUGCCAAUCUAUUGAAAUGAGAGCUGAACGACAUUAACACGCAAGAACAGAUGGUGAGUAACCCGAUACCCUCCAACCUGAAGUCCGAGGCGAAGAAAGCCGCCAAGAUCCUGAGAGACUUCACCGAAAUCACCCACAGGAACGGGCCGGACAAACUCAUCCCCGCUCAUGUGAUAGCCAAGGCCCAGGGUCUGGCCAUCAUCUCCGUCGUCAAGGCCGGCUUCAUGAUCACCGCCAGAGGAGGCAGCGGCAUCGUCAUCGCCAGACUGGCCGACAGACGCUGGUCAGCACCGUCUGCCAUCGGCAUCGCCGGCCUGGGAGGAGGCUUCGAGAUCGGGGUGGAGGUGUCCGACCUGGUGAUCAUCCUGAACCACCGGAGGGCCGUCGAGGCCUUCACAAAGGGAGGAAACCUGACGCUGGGCGGGAACUGCACCGUCGCUGUGGGACCCCGGGGCCGGAAUUUGGAGGCUGACGUAGCGAUUCGCAGCACGACGGCGGUCUUCACCUACUGUAGAUCCAGAGGUUUGUUUGCUGGUAUUUCUCUAGAAGGAUCUGGUCUCAUCGAACGCAAAGAAACCAACCGCAAGUUCUACUUAAGAGACAUCCGAGCAUCGGCCAUUCUGAACGGCGAUGUGGAUCCGCCGCCAGAAUGCUACGACCUCUACCACAUCCUGGACGCCUACACUGAGGCCUACACCACCGACUGGACCAGCAAGAAUAUGAAUACAAAGUCGUCUUUUGCUCCAUCCAGACCUCCAGCUCCGUUGUCGAGACCAGCAAGCACUUACCAGCAACCGCCAGCCGCCUACCAGCAACCGCCAGCUGCUUACCAGCAACCGCCAGCUGCUUACCAGCAACCGCCAGCUGCUUACCAGCAACCGCCAGCUACUUACCAGCAACCGCCAGCUGCUUACCAGCAACCGACAGCUACUUACCAGCAACCGACAGCUACUUACCAGCAACCGACAGCCGCCUACCUGCAACCGCCAGCUACUUACCAGCAACCGCCAACCAACACGGCUAAAAACAGCCUCUACCCGAGCGUCUCCGUCUAUAAAUCUGAGACUUCUGAUAGAGCAUCACCAGUGGGCCGGGCCAGCGGGCAGCUCGUCGUCACGGCGACGCACCUGUUCGCGGGGCAGCAGCCCGGCGACCUGAGCUUCGCGCCCGGCGACCGCAUCACCGUCAUCACCAAGACGGACUCGGAGUACGACUGGUGGGAGGGGCAGCUGGCCGACGGGCGCGUCGGCACCUUCCCCGCCAACUUCGUCACGUUCUGACGGCCCCUGGUGGUCGGACGGGGAACUGCGGAGCACGGAUACCUUAUGGUUUGUGUAACGCGUAGCAACGCGUAGCAACGAGGAGCCAACGGAGAGUUAUCAAUCGAUCACAAUCAGGAUCGAUUCAUCCAGUUUAGUU